UCGGUGUUAUUUGCUUCCAUUGCCGCAUAAUUUACAUAGAGAUGGAUCAGUCUCCCGUGGGCCGCGCACCCGUUGAAUUUCUAUUGUUUAGAUUGGAAAACUAAGUGCGACCGACUUUCCUUUCCUCUCACGUCAUUAUUAGAUUGCAGGUGUGACGCGGCAAAUACAUCCUUCCUUGAAUGCAGAUGAAUACUGCCGUACAGAGGAUAUAUUCGAUAGAGAUUUUCGUUUUAUACUUUUUAUAUUUUUCCCGACCAAUUUCUUUCUUAAGAGGUAUGGCUGAUAUUUCUGCAUAUUCUUCGAUAAAGAAGAUUUCUAAGGUUCCUACAGUGAUGGAGUUAGCAUUGCUGCGAGAACGAAGGAAUCGAUUUCCUAAUGGCAGUGUGUGGCCACCCAGCCCCAUGGAGAUUGACUCAUUUGCACUGCAUUACAUUACCGAGUGACACGGACAGCCACUCUCAUCAUCGCGGUAAUGAACAGAUUGUACUCCGCAACAAGCGCUCGGCAGCAAUAUGUACAAUUCUCUCACUAACGGUUUUCAGUUCGUACCAGAUCGCACGGUCAUUGACACUAGCACCAAUAAUGGACCAGCAGUUCUGCUUGCGCUGGAACAAUCAUCCAAACAACCUGACUGAUGUGCUUGCAAGCCUGCUGCAGCGGGAAGCUCUCUGCGAUGUUACGCUGGCCUGUGAUGGGGAGACAGUCAAGGCACAUCAGACUAUACUAUCGGCGUGUUCCCCUUACUUUGAAAGUAUAUUCCUGCAGAACUCACAUCCGCAUCCUAUAAUUUUCCUCAAAGAUGUAAGGUUCUCAGAGAUGAAGUCUUUAUUGGACUUCAUGUAUAAGGGUGAGGUGAAUGUUGGCCAAAAUAUGCUACCGAUGUUCCUAAAAACUGCUGAAAGCUUACAAGUUAGAGGUUUGACAGAAAACAAUACAUUAAAUCCUAAGUCGGAGGAGCGGUCGACGCCAGGCGCGAGCGCCGAGAACCUGUCGUCGCGCGGGGAGGCGUUCGCGACGCCGCCCGCGGCGCACGGGCCGGCGACGCCGCUGCCUUCGCACGCUCCCGCGCAUCCCGCUCCGGCCGCACACCCGUUGGCCGUCCCGCCCGAGAAGCGCCGCAGGAAGAACUCCGCCGUACCCCGCGACGAUGAUCUGUCUUAUCGCCACUACGAGUGUCACUUCGUGAAGUCCGUGAAGGGCGGGUCGACGGGCUCGGGGUCGGAGCCGUCGACGCCGCCGCCAGCGCACACGCCGGUGCGCGCCGCGCGCUCGCCCGCGCACACGCCGCUCGUGAAGCAGGAGCCCGACGCGCCCUACGCGCCGCCCGCGCACCCCAACCACCCGCCCUCGCACUACGACCAGACGCACCUGCCGCCAAUGGGAAUGACCGAGAUGGCCACGAUGCUAAACCAGCACUCGCUCGGGAAUGAUUGCAACGACAGUGAACCCAUCCUGCAACCACAACCGGACCAGACAGACACCAUCGACGGUGAAAACAAUGGUGUUGACGAGAAUAGUAUACCACAGGAGCCUCUCUGCCACAAAUUAACGAAUAUCGAAUCAUUAGUUAGAUCGUAUAAGUUAGCUUUGAACCAAAGACCGCACGGAACUCCGUGGCCAUGCAACGUGUGCGGAAAACUCGUGACCAAUAUAAAGAAACACAUGAAGUCGCACAACCCGGAACAGCACAAGUGUCCUUUGUGCCCCAUCGUACUGACCCGGGCGGACAACCUAAAGAGACACCUGCGCAUGAAACACUGUUCCGUUCUCGGUGCUAAUAACUUAUCCAACAUUCAGACAAAAUGUGAAUCCUCGUAGCCGAUAGUGUAGAAAACAAAUACGCCAUUUGGUUUACUGGCAUUUUUGCUUUAUCUUUCUUGAAUUCUUAACUUGGGAGAAAACUUUGGGUGACAAUAGUUUAAUUCGUUUACGAUAUUAUUCUAAGCUUGACAAUAAUUUUCUUAUGCACUAACUUUAUCAGAAUCUAACACAAGUGCGCUUACUCAUUGGUUCUAACAAUUACCAUUUUGUAAUUUAGUAUAAGGUGUGGUGUGUUUAAUUUGAAUAAAUUUUACAUUUUAGUAAUUUAAAAUUAACUAAGUAAAAGCGAAAUUCACGACUAAUACCAACCAUAUACUACACAUACUUAAUACUUAAAGUUUAAAAACAUUAUUUUGUUAACUUGGAUUACGAAGCAACUACAUUCGAUGUCGACUAAUAAUUAAAAGUUCUGCCCCGAUUUUCGCUUUUACUUUUAACACACAUUAAUUUUUGUUCAAAAUUUAAGUUCUAGGCAUAAUGUGAUUAACUAUAAAAUUUAACUUGUGUUUAGGCUGUUAUCGAUAACUAUGUUUAAAUUAUUGUAUUAUGUACUUAUUUAACUGCUUGUUCAUGGGCCGGAUUAAACUCUCCAAACAUGUCAACGAUUAUUAUGAAUUACUUUUUUUCUCUCACUUUUUUGUAAUUAUCUCAAACACAAACAAUCUAGAAUUAAAGUACGUAAAUUAGAAAUACUCAGAAAUGAUAACUAUGUACAGUUUGUGACGGUGCAAAUACCGCUUGCAUGAGAGCAUUAAGCGGUCCCGUAUCCCGUGACACUUUCGCGGCGCUCGCUACUGCAAACCUUUAUUUCGAUUAACUGUACAUAAUCCCACAUCCGCGAGCUUGAUGUUGCUAUCGAAAUUACGCGAAUCGCUUGAUAUGUUUAUCGUCAUCCGCCCCUGAACAGUGUACAAACGAAUCUCGUGAUCUCUUGCUCGAUGUUCCUUGUAGAUAUAAUCGUGCGUAACUAGCCUCCUGCUAGUGCCAAGACUGAUUUUUCAUUAUGUAAUUAAGGACAUAUUUCUUAAUUUUAGUUUAAUUCUCUUUACUUUAAACAUGGACUUUUAAUUUGAUUCUUAUGUAAUUUUAUCGUUACUGUGUGUUUGUUGCAAAUAUAUUCCUUUAUUUAUACCUAUUUUUCUUUUCAUUUUCAUCCUCUUCCCUAGCUUGGUUUAUUUAUAUGGCAGACCUAUUUCUCUCUACGGAUCACCUCUUGUGUACAGGCUUGGUGACAGUAUUUAACAGAACAUCAUGCGUUUACUAUAACAAUCAAUAACAAACACCAUUUUCUUCAAUAUCAUUGAAUCAUUUGUGCAUGGAUUAUC